AUGGCAAACCUCAACGCACAAAAAGGUCUAUCGGUGGUAAGAACUCCUUUCUUUGAUGGUAAUGACUUCUUGUAUUGGAAAAAUAGGAUAUAUUAUUUCCUUAAAUCAGAAGGGGUUGACUUGUGGGAUGUUGUAGAAAAUGGGCCAUUCACCCCAACUAAAAUUGUGGAUGGUGUGCAUGUAGCUAAACAUAACGGUGAAUGGAGUGAGCAAGAGAAAAGAAGAUUGGCUUUAAAUGAUAAGGCUAUUCAAGUUCUAUUUUGUGCAUUAAAUAUAAGUGAAUAUAAUAAAGUGUGUAUGAAGUCUACUGCAAAAGAAAUUUGGGAUGCCUUGGUGAUUACUCAUGAGGGUACUAGUCAAGUAAAGGAGAAUAAGAUGGAUUCCCUCAUCUAUCAAUAUGAAUUAUUCAAGAUGAAGACAGAUGAAACCAUAAGUGAGAUGUAUGAUAGAUUUGUGGAGAUUAAAGGAGGAAUUAAAUCCCUUGGAAAGACAUUCACAAAUGAGGAGCUAGUAAAGAAGAUUUUAAGAAGUCUUCCUAAGGAGUGGCUACCCAAAGUAACUUUAUUAAAGGAUUCCAAGGACUUAAGCAAGGUAUAA